UCGGGCUCUAUGGUGACGCAGCUGGACGGCCGCUCAUGCCGACCCUCGCCGCUCUCUAUGGUCCCUGGGAGGAGCGGAGGGGGUGGUGCCCGGUCGCCGGCUCGGGUCCCACUGUCUCGCCAGUUUAAGCUGCGGACACCAUGGCGGCUCCGAAAGAGAAUGUCAGUUUACUGUUUAAAUUGUACUGCUUGAUGGUGAUGACCCUGGUGGCUGCAACGUACACUGUAGCUUUACGAUACACGAGAAUAGCAGAAACAGAACUCUACUUUGCAACUACAGCUGUGUGCAUCACAGAAGUUAUCAAGUUAUUCCUAAGUGUGGGUAUUUUGGCCAAAGAAACUGGAAGCCUGGGUAGGUUGAUGACGUCUUUAAGAGAAAAUGUACUAGGCAGUCCUAAGGAAUUGCUAAAAUUAAGUGUUCCAUCUGUGGUGUAUGCGGUCCAAAACAACAUGGCUUUCUUGGCUCUUAGCAAUUUGGAUGCAGCAGUCUACCAGGUGACAUAUCAGUUGAAGAUCCCGUGUACAGCCUUAUGUACGGUCUUAAUGUUAAACCGUUCCCUCAGUAAAUUGCAGUGGUUCUCAGUCUUUAUGUUGUGUGGUGGAGUCACACUUGUUCAGUGGAAGCCUGCUCAGGUUACAAAAGUACAGAUGGAGCAAAAUCCGUGGUUAGGGUUUGGCGCUAUAGCUAUUGCUGUACUAUGUUCAGGAUUUGCAGGAGUCUAUUUUGAAAAGGUAUUAAAGAGUUCAGAUACUUCCCUGUGGGUGAGGAACAUUCAGAUGUACUUGUCUGGGAUUGUGGUGACUUUAGUUGGUGUUUACAUGUCAGAAGGAGCUCAAGUUCUCGAGAGAGGAUUUUUCUAUGGCUACACAUAUUAUGUCGGGUUUGUCAUCUUGCUUGCCAGCGUUGGAGGCCUCUACACUUCUGUUGUUGUUAAAUACACAGACAACAUUAUGAAAGGAUUUUCUGCAGCAGCAGCCAUUGUCCUUUCUACUGUUGCAUCGGUGGUGCUGUUUGGUUUACAGAUCACUGUAAGCUUUGCUCUCGGUGCUCUCCUUGUUUGUAUUUCUAUAUACCUGUAUGGAUUACCUCGACAAGACACCACAAAAAUCCAGCCACCGUUAGAAACAGUGAGUUCAAAAGAGAAACUUAUUCAUAUGUGAUGUUUGCCAUAACAAAGGACAAGAGACACUGCAAAGGAAAGACUUGGGGGAAAAAACCUGUUUUUAAUUGGCCUUAAACUAGUCAUGAAAAGACUUAACUUGGAGAGAAUAAAAAGCAGCAGUUAAUUCUGUAAGGAAGUGAAGGAUUUUCAUUGGAUGAUACAGACUCUCCAUUAUUGCCAAGCACCUGAAGAAGCUAGUUCAUGUAAGGCAUGUUCCUUUCAUGUUGGACUGUGAGGAGCCCACCUACCAGGAAUGAAGAAGGAAGGAAUUGAACCUUCUGUUGUAUAUAAAAAAGGGACAUUCUCUCCGGCUGUAUAUUUGAAAGACUGUAUUGUGCCAUUUAUGGGCAGAAAUGCUCAAGGCUCUAUUAAAGGAGAUCUCAUUGCCAAA